UGCAUUUCUCAAUCAAGACCCUCCAAAAAAUAAAAAUCACACUGAAAAAAUUGCCACCCUCUUUCCUCUUCUUCUUCUUCCCCAGAUUCAUCUUAUCCAUCUCUUCCCCAAAACCCAACACCCAAAUUAUUUUACUUCACUCAGUUCCCCGCAUUACAAAUGCAAAAACAACACCAUUUUUGACACUUAAAAACCAUGGAGCUUUCCUCUUCAUUCACUUACUUCACCAAAUUAUCAGACAUUUCAUUCACAUCUUCAUUCUCUCCAAUCCCUCUCCAAAUCCACUUCAACCCCACAAAAUCCCCGCAAAAUUUCCGUGUUUUAGCAGUAGCUAUAGACCCACCACAAGAAUUACCACAGAAUAGCCCACAAAGACUGCUCAAAGAGCUUGCAGAGCGCAAGAAAAUCAUCUCCCCCAAGAAAAAAGUCCCGCCCAAAAGAUUCAUACUAAAACCGCCCCUAGACGACACGAAACUAGCUCAAAGAUUCUUGAAUAGCCCACAAUUAUCACUCAAGCAGUUCCCUUUGCUCAGUUCUUGUUUACCCUCGUCGAGGCUAAACAGUGUCGAUAAAACGUGGAUCGAUGAGUACUUGCUUGAAGCUAAGCAGGCUUUAGGGUAUUCUUUGGAGGCGUCGGAUGGGCUUGGGGAGGAUAAUCCUGCGAAACAAUUUGAUACAUUGUUGUAUUUGGCGUUUCAGCACCCGAGCUGUGAGAGGACUAAUGCUAGGCAUGUUAAGUAUGCGCAUUCGAGGCUUGUUUUCUUGGGGCAGUAUGUGUUGGAGUUGGCUUUCUGUGAGUUUUUUUUGCAGAGGUAUCCGAGGGAGUCGCCCGCGCCCAUGAGGGAGAGGGUUUUUGCUUUGAUUGGGAAGAGGAGUUUGCCUAAGUGGAUGAAAGCUGCUAGCUUGCAGAACUUGGUUUUUCCUUAUGAUGAUAUUGAUAAGUUGCUUCGGAAAGAUCGAGAACCGCCUGUCAAGUCUGUGUUUUGGGCUCUUUUUGGUGCAAUUUACCUGUGUUUUGGCAUGCCAGAAGUAUAUCGAGUUCUUUUUGAAGUAUUUGGGAUGGACCCAGAAGCUGAAGAUUGCCAGCCGAGGCUAAGGCGGCAACUUGAAGAUGUCGAUUAUGUUUCUGUGGAAUUUGAAGGGAACAACCUUAGUUGGCAAGAUGUUGCUGCUUAUAAGCCUCCUGAAGAUGCACUCUUUGCACACCCUAGGCUUUUCAGAGCUUGUGUCCCCCCAGGCAUGCAUCGUUUCCGAGGAAAUAUAUGGGAUUAUGACAGCAGACCAAAAGUCAUGAAAACACUAGGAUAUCCACUGGCGAUGUCAGACAGAAUUCCAGACAUUACUGAAGCUAGAAAUAUAGAGCUUGGACUCGGGUUACAGCUUUGUUUCUUGCAUCCAUCAAAAUACAAAUUUGAUCAUCCUCGGUUUUGUUUUGAACGACUAGAAUAUGUUGGCCAAAAGAUUCAGGAUCUUGUGCUGGCCGAGAGAUUGUUGAUGAAGCAUUUAGAUGCUCCCGGAAAAUGGCUGCAAGAGAGGCAUCGUCGUCUUCUAAUGAACAAAUUCUGUGGGAGAUACUUGAGAGAUAAGCAUUUGCAUCACUUUAUUGUUUACUCUGAGGAGGUUAUCGACGCAUACGAAAACAAUCGGAGGCUCAGAAACCCGGCUACAACUGCUGUUCAACAGGCUCUUCAUGGACUUUCGUACACCGUGUACGGAAAACCGGACGUUAGACGCCUCAUGUUUGAGGUUUUUGAUUUUGAGCAAAUCCAACCAAAAGCUGUAUAAUAUUUUCAUUGAAAGUUAUGACAUUUUUAUGUUCUUUAAUUCCAUAAGCUUUCACAUGGUGA